CGUAUAUAAGAUCUUGAAGAGCCAUGCCCGACAACAACGACGAGGUCGACUUCUCGGAGCGGCAGAACCUCUUCCGGAGCGCACCGGCGCCCCGCCAAUUUACGGUCGCGGGUGUCGUGAGCACCAAGCAUCGGCGCCUCGAAGACGCGGCCGGCAACGACGCGCCAGGUUCCUACACGGCCAACACCAACAAGGAGCUGCUCUGCCUCGAGUACGUGGCCAACUUUCGCAAGCAGUUUGAAGAGCUUUUGCCCGACAGUGGCCGGCCGCCAUUGUACCUCUGCCCACCCAACGAGUGUGGCAUUCCCAAGUUUGUGUGCACGACGAUCCGCCCGACGCUGCUACCGUUCCUCGAGCUCUACAACCUCGAGAAGCUCGCCACCUUUGUCUCGGGGCUCAUCGAGUACGAGCCGCUCGCAGACCCGUGCAAGCCACCGCUGUGUCUUCCGUCGCCGGCCGCGGUUCUCCACUGGCAGUCGGGCGACUCGUUCGAUCUCGCGAACCUCCUCGUUUCGUUCCUCAUUGGGUCGGGCUACGACGCCUACGUCGUCAACGGCUUUGCGCCGCGCUGGGUGUGCCUCCUCGACCAGAGCCGGACGCGCUGCCCGUUCCUCGAUGAAAUCGGCAAGCUGGACAUCGAGACGUCGACCGGCAAGGUGAGCGAGAGCAAGCAUGACGACGACGAUACGGCCGUGCCAAAGCCCACGAGCAAGUUUGUGGCCAUGAUGGAGGCCAAGGAAGAGGCCCGGCGCGCUGAAAUUGCGGCCAUGCAAGACUGGACCAAACACUUGGACGACGACGACGACGACGACGACGACCCGCUCGAUGGGAAGCGCGUGCACGCAUGGGUGCUCGUCCGCGCUGGCCGGCGCGACGUGACCGAGCACGUCUUUGUCGAGCCCUCGACCGGGCGGUUGUACCCGGUCCGGGACUCGCCGUACGUGCGCAUCGAGAGCGUGUGGAACCACCAAAACUACUACGUCAACAUGCAGCCGCACCGACUGAGUCAGUGUCUGUAUGACCUUGGAAACGCGACCGACUGGGAGUACGUCUUCUUGUCGUCCUUUGAGAAGAAGACGUCGCAUGGCGACGGCAGCGAUGGCAAGGUGCACGAUACGCUCCUCGAAGGCGGUAGCAGCAACAACUCGGGCGACGGCAGCGACCAAGGCGGCGACAACGACGACGACAGCAACAUUCUCGAUGUCCCGCCGUCCUGGGUCGUCAAGCUGCACGUCGAACGCAAGCGCUACAAGCAGCGGUACGUCAACGAAGCGCAGCGCACGACGCUGUACGAGAAGAGCAAAGUCGAAGACUUUGCCGACAAUACGCACGCGCAAGGCAUGGUGCGGCGGCUGACGCUGUACCGCAACCGGAGCCGGACGCUCCCGAUCGAGAUCCGCGAGCUCUUCAAGAACCGCAAGGACAAACUGCAUUUGCGCAUUCGGUACCCGCUCCAAGGCAAGUUUGAAGAGCACUUUGCACCGGGUCGGCAGCCCGAAGCGUUGAAAUCGCGCGUCGAGUGGAGUGGGUUUCGGCGCGAGCUGACGUUCUACACGAGCGCGCGCAUGGACGGCCUCGUCAAGCGCGAAGAAGUCGUGCACAAGCACAUCACCGAGACCUUUUAUGGGCGCGACGACAACCUCGAGCACCGCAGCGUGACGCUCUCGGAAGAGAAGGACCACGCUGAGGCGAUUGCCAAGACACCGACACCGUUUGUUCUGCCGGGUGGCGCGACCGGCGAGCUCACAGUGCGUCGCAUGGCGGAAAAGUUUGGCCGAAACAUUGACCGCGACGCCGACGAGGACGCACGCAAGCGCACGUACAACGUACGCGAAGGCACGAUCCGCGUUCAAUUUCACUACGCCGAGGGCAAGAUCACGUCGGCGAGCCGCGUGUACCACAAGGCGCCAAACACGCCCGUGGACGUCUUUCAGGUCGACCCGACGGCGGCGCGACCCAAGGAGACGCUCCUCGAGCGCGAACUCCAGGCUGUGAUUCAGAUGGAGAAGGAGUGCUACAACGCGAUCCGGCACGUGGACGUCGAGACGCAGGAGAUCCUCAAGUACCGCAAGCGCGAAGAGGCCGCGAUUACGCUCGAAACGAGCAUUUUCGACGCCGAGGAAGACGAGUCCAAGGCCGACGCGGCCGAGGAGCAACGCAAGCAGAGCAAAGAGACCAAAGUCGAGAUGGACUACUUGUCGCCGUUCUUGCACGCCGUGGGGCAGCACCACAGUGGGAGCCUUACAAAGGACGAAGCGCACAAUGUGCGCGACGCGUGCUUGAAGAACCUCAAGGAGCGGCUGCUCGAGCGCGCCAACAUUAUUCAGACGCGGCUCGACAAGGAGAAUAGCGCCCUCGCCAAGAAGCAGGCAGCGUUCCAGCGCAGCCAGCGCGAGCACGACCAGGGCACGGACGAAGAGUUUGAGCGCUUCUGCAGCGAAACCAUGUUCCGGAUCCAGAUUCUCGAACAGCGCUUGACGCGCCACGAAGAAACCGCGCUGCAAAAGUACGCCGAGCUCGACCAGCGCCUCCACAACGAACCGCGUCUCGCCGUGCUGCACCAAUAAGUUCAUAGUCUUAAUUGAUUCUGUACAAUGUCCUCGGUAUUCAUUCCCA